CAUUAGCACAGUGUUUAACCCUGGGGAUGAAGAGUGAAGUUUUACGGUUUAUAACCAACCUAACGCAUGGCCGAUCUGGGCGGCUUGAAGACAACGUGGCCUGGUCUGACGUGUACAUACAUGCUGGCUUCCUACCGAGCAUGCGUGGGGAGGCUGGUGCCAAAACUGGUGUGAGCUCGGUGCUAAUCGGUGAGCUAAGCGGGAGCGCAAAGGCGAUCUCGCAUAAUGGGUUUCCUAUAGUAGAUCCAAGACGAGCAUACAGUGGACAAGCUGGGCCAUUCCAACCUGUGAAGACCGUACCUAUUGAGAGACGCUCCAGGCUAUUCCUAGAGUUUUCAGCGAAAGGACAACCAGUUUCAGACAUUCAGGUAAAAAUGUCUUCUUUCACGAUGCAAGAGAACUUCGAGGAUUUGCCAAGAACCAUCACGUCGGAGAGUAGCGCGAGUUCGAGUGCGGGUGGUGGUUCUGGUGACCAUCGUUCUUCGACUUCGUCUAGUGAUAUGUCCGUGGAAGCGACACCCAGUGAAGCGAGGGGUGCUGAAGAGGUUGGUUGUAGUGUGCUGGCGAUAAGUACAACGGCGGAGGUGGUUGUGUUCGAAGGGUGGGAGAGCAAGGUUAUCAACGGGAGAUUAGAUAACCUUUGCAAGGCACCCAAAACCCUACCUGUUGGUUUUAGGUUCAGGACGGCACUGCACCACAAACUUGCAAACGGCGCGGCCAUGAUAAUGGGGUAUAAAAAAUUGGAAGAGAUGGUGAGACGAUACCAGAUCCCCAAGACUAUCCUGAUCCGAGCAGGGACACCAAACAAAUGGGCCUGCACAGUAUCACGAACAGGCUGGGUGCCAGUAUACGUAGACCAUUUUGACCCUAGUCUAUGUUUUCCUCUGCUCAGACUAAUUUUUGAUGUCCUGGUAGAGUACAAGCUGGCCCUAACGCAACUAACUCCCAAUAGCAUAAAGUUUAUUAUAGGCUUUAUGCUGUUGUGUGAGAGGCUGGGAGUGCCUGUGAGGGCAAUGGUCUUCAGGUCGCUCUUCCUGUGCCGUCUAUGCCCCUCCACCAGUGGGUCGAGAUGGUACUACAUCUCCGGGAGAGGGAAGAUGAUGACAUUCACCAACAUCAGAAAUAAGGUGGUGAGGUGGAAGAAACAGUUUAUCUUCGUUCGCGAUACACGAACUGAAAGGAUCAAUAACGAGUUCGCCGCCCGUCUAUCAAAGUGGCGCACACCAAAUGCCUAUAUGAACUACCCUCAGCUGACUGUUGGUGAUAUCGACCUGAAGAACCAGCUGCUCGAUCAUGUGAAGGCGAGGGGUUUGGUGGAUUUAGAAGCCUUAGUUACCCCGGAGCAACUUGUGUUAGUUGGGUUUGUCAACGUGACAAACCUACAUGCUGAAGCAACAUCCUGGAGAGGCAGUGUCAACAAGCACAAGGCUCGAGGAACCGUGGAGCUGGGUCCAGUUCCCAACAUCAAACUCGCUUUGACGACCGCCACCUACUGCACCGGGGCGCAGUUCGUCCCACCAAAGACGAGUAUGAGAUCUCAGCCCGCUUCAGCCGCUGCAGUGCGACCUGCUAACGUGCCCCCAGCGCCAACACGUGAGGUUGCUGAACCAGCGCCUGCCUCGUCAUCUGCAUCAGGGCCAAGAAUUGCAUACUCAGAGAGCUUCAGUUACGUCAGAACUGACUGCCAAGCCGCAAUGGCGUUCAGCUACACCGUAGCACUCUUUGAGUGCGACUCGAAGAUGGCUAACCGAGCGGCGUCAACUAAAAGCCGAGCUGACGAGUUGGCCCGCAAGGUCAAUGAGCUACGAGAGGAGCUUGAAAAAGCUCAAGCAGAGAAGAGUGGCAUUCAAGCUGCUAAGGAGGAGGCCGUCCGUGCUGAAGACCGCGCCAAGAAGGCAGAAUCUGACAAGGAGAAGGCUUUUUACGAGCUGAACUCCCUGAAGGAUAGGGUCGCGAAGGCCGACCAGCAUGUCACCCGCACUGAGGCGUCCUUGGAGCAAAGUAAGAAGCACCACCAGCGCGCUAUCUACUUUGCUUGGGCGCAAGGAGCUGAAUGGCUGGUUGGAGCAGACAUGUUCCAAGACGCUGACGCAGUAGCCUCAGCUAACACCACCACAGAUAUCUUCAAUGAGAUUCGUGGGAAGGUGCUACGACAACUGGCUGACUUCCCCAUCAGCGAGCUGGCCUUCUUCGAGGGGGAGGAAAUGGACGAGCAAGCGAAGAGGCUCACCCCUCCAGCUGACACCCAGGUGAAGCUGAAAUGGGAGCUGAAUGAAGAGGGGUUGCUAGUGUGGCCCCCUUCUGUUGUUGAAAAAGGAGAGGAUACCGUGGGGUUGCCAAACUUUGAUGCUUGGGUGGCAAACCCCCAAGAGGUACCUGCUGAGCCUUACAGCACUCCCCCAUCCUCUCAGCCCACCAUAGCCGCUGCUCCUGCUCUCUCUCCUCCAGAUCGGUCAUCUCUUGCUUGAUCUGUUGCUGCACGCAUUGACGCAUCCAUCCCCAUCGACCUGACAGAUGAUUAGGUUAGGAUUUUCUUUGUUUCUUUUGCAUUUAUUUUGUAUUUUUGUAUUGAUCAAUGAACCCAUUCACCUUGUACUUCAAAUGUAAAGAACAUUGAUGGAAAUACAAACUUGAAUAUUUU